CACCAUCGGCAUUCAACACAGCAACGAUGGUACUUGCGACGAGCGGCGGCUUGUUUGCCUGCGCCUACGGCCCCCACAUCUUCGUGUCCACCGGCAAGGAAUCUGCGCAAUUCUCGAUCGCGUCUCAAGUUGUCGCUCUCGCAUUCAAUGCAAAUGCCAGUGUGCUGCUCGUGGCGUCCCAGGACAAGCAGCUGGCAGCUUACAAAGUUGACAAACUUGCAAAGUUAGAGGCUUCCCUGAUUGAGACCCGGCAAAUCCCUCGAAAUGCCACAAGCAUGGUCACCACGAGCGUUGUGGCUGCCGACGGCUCCAAACAAGACGCAGUGCUCAUCGCCGUGAAUGCCGGAGAAGUCGUGGCGUAUCCCGUGCCUGAUGUCUCCAGCCACGAAGGGAUGGAAUUGUUGGCGCACACGACGUCCAUCGUCACGGAUGUGGCCAUCAACGUCGACAACACAUUGCUGCUAUCCGCAGAUCGCGAUGAAAAGAUCCGAGUGUCGAACUUUCCUGCCACGACCCUCGUGAAGAGUUACUGCCUCGGGCAUCGGCAGUGCGUGCGCAAGUUGGCCACAAGUGUGUUGACGCCAUCGCUCUUUGUGUCUGUCGGGUUGGACGAUACGCUCAAGCUGUGGGACAUGACGACAGGGCAACUUCUGCACUCGGCUGACUUAACCGCGAAUGCCGAAGAGACGAAGCACUGUGGUGUGUCGGUAUGCCCGUUGACCAACCAAGUCGCAGUCGUGCGCAAUGGAACAAAGCAUGUCGACUUUUUCACGAUUGAGGACAACGCACUGCGCCAUCGUCGCCGCGAGGUCCUGAGCGAUGCUCAGCCGUCGCAUGUUCAGUUUCUCGCUGACGGGCGUCUGGCGGUGGCGUACAAGCAAGCGCCUUUCCUGGAGCUGUUUGAAGUGGGGGCGGCCAGCGUCAAUGCUGUGGACAUCUCGAACGUCAUCACGUUUGCCGAGCUGGCAGGAGCGACUGUCCUGGGCGAUGCAAACGACGAGGAUGGCGAUUCCGACGAUGGGGAGCUGCGCAAGAAAAAGCUCAAGCAGACGCACUGGAAAGCCAAGCUGCCUCAACCCAAGAACGUCGCCAAGGACCAAGUUGAGACCGAUGACAAUUAGGGCAAAAUGACCCUGCAGAAUGGACUUUGUUGGUUGAAGCGAUGUAGUGCGCAAGUCUUGGAGCUCUUCGCUGCCCAGAAGCGAACGAACUGGUACGGCAUCGCAUGGCUCUCUUGAAGGCCUUGACUUGCCCCAGCAGGUAUAUGGUGAGGAGUAUUGAGAGUGCUGUCGUUGCUUUUGACGAACUCAGAUCUAAGAUAAAAUGGGGUGAACCUGAAUUGGU